CGGAAGUAAUGUGGAAGGAUGUAAACAAGCACAUGGAGGUCUUGUUGAAGAGCCUGGAUUCUUCAGAGAUCAGGAUUAAUGCCAGAAAGUGUGGCUUAUCCAUCAAACCCCUACGCCCAGCUUAUGCAGCAAGGGAUGGGAGACAACCCACAGGAGAAGGGGCACCUACAGUUGAAGCUGCCAGAACUUGGAAUGAAAGGUAACUUCUUGGAGAGCCUUGGUUUUCAUCUGCCCCACAAGCUAGCCUCCCAAGGACAAGUUCCUGAAGAAUGUGCCAGUGCUCAUCCAUUCAGCAAUGGUGAAAAAGCUAGCUCUCCCCAAACGUGCUCGUAUGAAGAGAGAAAAAAUCAGAAAAAAGUCAAGCUUGCCAAUGGGACCCGCGCUAGUCCAGGUAGUGUCCCCUCUUUCUCUCCAAUGCUGGAACUACCAGGGAUGUCUUAUGGACACUCAGUCUCACGUUUGGACCUCCAGACCUCAUGUUCCUUAAACAUGCCUCAGUUCAGACAGACUGCAGAUAAUCUCCGUGCUGCCCAUUCAGCUCCAUAUGUGACCAUCUGUGCCCCACCUAGACAUGGAGAGGAUCUGUUGGACCUUUCACCAUCGAGUCACCAGCUUUUGGGAUGCUGCCUCCAAAGCAGUCAUGAUUUCACAGCCAUCGGGGAUAGUAGCAGAGUCACAGUUCUUUACGUGGAGCUGAUCAGAGAACUGGAGCAGCAGAAGGCUGAGUUGAGAAGGCUGCUGGCUGCUCGGGAAGAAGCCGCUGUGCAGCGAGAGAAGAGAAUCCAGGAGCUGGAGCUGGAAAAUCGUGAACUCAAAGGGCUUCUCUGGAACUUAGAAGAACAGAAUGACUUCCUAUCCAGCAGGAACGGAGCAGGAGGAACAGUGCCAUCCCAGAUGCCACUGGGAACUGGACACAAUCCCCUUGAUGUAAAUGAAAGCAAUAUUCAGUUUCUCAAAAGACUGGUGGGAAUGUUGGAGAAUCUUGCAGCAUCACAGAUCAGCGGUCUCCACUCACCAGCUUCUCAUGAAGAUCAGAUACAUACGCCAGUCUCUAUCCCAAAAAUGAAUUUAGGUUGGAGUACAGAAAAUCCUGCCACUAGCACCUUAUCCCCCUGGCUAAAUGCAGAGGACCAAUCAGAAAGUCCUGUUGUGCUCAGUGAUGGCUCCUGCUUGUGGAACACUGUGCAAGAUACUCUGUCUGAUGGGACACCAGUAUGGGCAUCACCGGUGGAAGAGAAUGGGAUAGUCAAGCUGGAAUUGGUUCCUAACUCUCGAGUCUACAUCACUCACCACCAGCUGGAGGACCUGUCCCAGCUCUCUACAGACAAACCUGAACUGAUGACCAGGCGUCUGUUGGAUUACUUCUUUUCUCGUGAGACUCUGGCCCGGUCUUCAGCCACGGGGCAACGCAUUGCCCAUAACAACAUGACCAUGGAGAAGCCCAUCCCCUUGCCAGUUGCUGUGUUAAACGCUGUCAAAGAGUAUGUCACCAAAACAUGUGGCCGGGGCUGCAACUUCAAUGCGGUGAUCAACAGCAAAUGUGGGACCUCUCGAAGGGCAGUUAAAAAAAUGAUAGUCAGCAAUCAUCAAAACAGACUGAAUGGUGCCGCUACAAACAAGUAUUUCCAAGAACCUCUCAAAGGAUAGCAGAAGGAUCAGUUGCCCACUUCUUUCUUCUGUUUGCAGAACAGAGACCAAGGAUUGUACUGAUUUGUGCACCAAUAUUGGCAGACUGGAGGACAGAAGGAAACCAGCUCUUGCAAAGAGACAGUCCCUAGUGAGUGGGCAGUUAUGAAACUACCUUUCAUGGGGCAAAAAUCAUUGGUCUGUUUCUCCCCCUAGCCUCCAAAAUACUGCCCACUAGAAGCAGAUCUCCAGAGUCUCAGAUUGUCAUGGACCAACACCAAGGUCUUCCUCAGCUUGGCUAUUUGAGUUCCUUUGGGUAGUGAACCUAGGGGGUUGGAUCCAACCAGCCUUUCUGCUGGUGACAAGGAGCGGUCCCUUUCAACCACCCCAAAGUCCCUAUUGGGAAUCUGACCUGCAUAGACAAAAGCUAGGUAGGACUGGAGUUGUAGUAAGGAGGGGAGUUGGAUGGGCUUGAGUGAAAACGCUGGCUGGAUCCAACCUGUGAUCUUCUGCAUGCUGGGAGAGGCCAGUUUCGCCAAAGGCAGAAAAAUGGGCAUACCAGUAUAGAAUUCAUAAUAUGGAAAGUAUUACUUUAGGAGAUCUUGUAUUAAUGGACCCCAUCUGGAUGAAACAUUUUCCCUGCUGCAGUUUUUCACAUGGCAUCAAUACACUUUCAACCAUUUUUGUAAAUUUAGUUACUAUCAACUCACAUUUAAAUUAACCUGUGUUCACAAGCUGUUUGGCCUUUCAUUGGGCAAGGUGCUCCAAUCCAUACAACUUGCUCAUGGUCAGUACUUGUAACCUUUUUGACAUCCAUUUCUUUAUCAAAAUGGGAAACGGAGGUGGGUACCUAUUGCAAAUCACACACCACUUGAGGGGUCUGCGAUUUGAAUGUCCAGCCGUUUGUUCUGCUGCCACGGUCUUCUAAAAGAAAUGGAUUAGUUCUAAUAAGUACAGUAUUUCUUGUAUAUAAGACAAAUUUCAAAACUGGAACAUAACAAUACAAGAUUAUUUCUCCUCUCUCCCUUAAUAGUAUCAUUUCUCAGAUGCUGGAAAGAUCUUGCAGGCUGUUAGCUGGAUAAAGGCAGUGGGACAGAGACUGCGGUGGUGGGUUGAACUGGGCAUACUUUGCAUCCACAUAGUAAAGAAAACUGGCAAAGAAGUCAGCCUCUUGUCAGGUAACUCAGUGUGUUCAGUACUUAGGGCAUCCAACAGGAAGUUUUCCUGUAACCCUCUCCCCCCCACUGAAAUAGUGCUCUUACAGAGAUCCAUUCAGUGGGGACUGUGCAGAACUUCCCCACUGCCCAUAAGAAAGGCCUUGAAUAAGCAAGUCCUGGAAACAGAAACUAGUUAACCUUCAAGG